GGUCAACUUGAAAACUUUUCACACCCCACAAUUCCACAGCAAAAGCCAUCAAACCAAUCACACACAAUGAGAGGAAAGCCACACUGAACCCAAACUUGUGCAUGUACAUGACUCCUCAAACCAAUUAUUUAUAUAUAAAUAUAAUACAUGUACCUCUCUACUUGGUAAAAAGAUAGGACAGGCAGCAAUAAGCACAACUUUCAAUUGUUGGAAGUUGAGGAGAGAAAUCUCUGUGUUAUCUCCUCUUCCUCUUAUACAGUUCUGAGAUAAGCUUCAAUUUAUAUCUCUGUAGCUCAAAAUAACAGAAUUGCUGAAUUCUUGCAUUUUUAGCUUCUGGGUUUUCAAUGGCUGCUGGUUGGGUAUUAUCAGAAUGUGGUUUAAGGCCUCUCCCAAGAAUCUACUCACGACCCAGAAUUGGUUUUACAUCGAAAACCACCAAUCUUCUUAAGCUUAGAGAAUUACCAGAUUCAAAAAGUUACAAUCUUUGUUCUUCUUUUAAGGUCUCAAGUUGGUCUAAUUCUAAACAAAGCAACUGGGCACUAAAUGUUGCUGUUCCAGUUAAUGUGAGUACUGUUAGUGGAGAAGACGAUAGAGAAAGAGAGGAAUUUAAUGGUAUUGUUAAUGUAGAUGAAGGUAAAGGUGAAUUCUUUGACGCUGGUGCCCCACCACCUUUUACAUUAGCUGAUAUAAGAGCAGCUAUACCAAAACAUUGUUGGGUUAAGAAUCCAUGGAGAUCUAUGAGCUACGUUUUGAGAGAUGUUGUUGUGGUUUUUGGAUUAGCUGCUGUUGCUGCUUACUUUAACAAUUGGGUUGCUUGGCCUCUUUACUGGUUUUGUCAGGGGACUAUGUUCUGGGCUCUCUUUGUUCUUGGCCACGAUUGUGGUCAUGGAAGUUUCUCCAAUAAUCCAAAGCUGAAUAGUGUGGUUGGUCAUCUGCUUCAUUCUUCAAUCCUUGUUCCUUAUCAUGGAUGGAGAAUCAGUCACAGAACCCAUCAUCAAAACCAUGGACAUGUUGAGAAUGAUGAAUCUUGGCAUCCAUUGUCUGAGAAAAUCUUCAAAAGCUUGGAUAAUGUCACAAAGACAUUGAGGUUCAGUUUGCCUUUCCCCAUGCUUGCUUAUCCUUUCUAUCUGUGGAGUAGAAGUCCUGGAAAGAAGGGCUCUCAUUUUCAUCCAGACAGUGGUUUGUUUGUCCCAAAGGAAAGAAAGGAUAUAAUUACCUCAACUGCCUGUUGGACUGCAAUGGCAGCGUUGCUUGUUUACUUAAACUUUUCAAUGGGUCCUGUCCAAAUGCUUAAACUCUAUGGCAUUCCCUACUGGAUCUUUGUCAUGUGGUUGGACUUUGUGACCUACUUGCACCACCAUGGUCACGAGGAUAAACUUCCCUGGUAUCGCGGAAAGGCAUGGAGUUAUCUAAGAGGAGGGCUUACAACCCUUGAUCGCGACUACGGAUGGAUCAAUAACAUCCACCAUGACAUAGGAACCCACGUUAUUCAUCAUCUCUUCCCUCAAAUCCCACACUACCACUUAGUCGAAGCAACUGAAGCAGCUAAGCCUGUAAUGGGGAAAUACUACCGGGAACCAAAGAAAUCUGGACCUCUUCCAUUGCACCUGCUAGGAAGUCUUGUAAGAAGCAUGAAAGAGGAUCAUUAUGUAAGUGAUACUGGAGAUGUCGUAUACUAUCAAAAAGAUCCUAAGCUGUCUGGAAUUGGAGGUGAGAAAACAGAGUGAAGCAUGCUGCAAUAAGUUUUUACAAGUAAAGCCUACCAAACCAAAAGAAUUCUUUGUAACCAGAGAUUUAACUUCUGACAAGUGACAAGAACUCCAUAUUGCCUUACAGCCACUGGGGAUAGCCAUUGUAGCCUGCCAUGUAUUUUGCUUUCACUUCUUAUUUGAUAAGAGGAAUUGCAGAUAGAUAAUGUUAGCCAGAUAUGUUGUAAUAUGCGCGCAAAAAGGCUCACC